AUGACAUUCGCCAGUUACCGUGGCGGGGUAGUGCAGGCGCGUGAGCUGGAAACGAUGGAGAAAUUAUACGAUACAGUGAAAAGGGCCGUCGUCACCUAUAAAUUGGACACUUGUUGUUGUUUCGCUCCUGUGAGGACUGGAGUGUUGAUCACGGGAUAUUUUAAUAUUUUUAUAUCGAUGCUGUCGUUGGUGGGAACUGCUGACGGAGGCAUUACGCCUCCACUGAUGGCCGUACAGGAAGUGAUACUGGACGAUGAAGGGUCUAAGAUCAUCGGCAUAUUCGCUUACGGCACCGAGCUCGCUUUCAACAUGUUAUUACUAUGCGCGAUGUAUCGGAAAGACAUCAUAUUACUGCGGACUUAUAUGUACUUCGGAUUGACAUCCAUUGUGGCAUCCAUUCUCGUCUACUCUAUGGUCAUUGCCGUCUUAUCUACUCUUACGAAGAUCAACGUAAUAGGCAACUUGGCAUUCCUGUGUUACGUUGUAUUACUAGUGAGAAGUGCGAUAGUAGAAAUUAAAGAAGAGACUUCCGAGAGCAAAAACGGCCACAUCACUUUAUAUUCUGUCACGAAAUUGCCAAACGAAAACAAGACUGUACAUGACGUAGAAACUCCACCGGAAGCGGAUUCGGAAGCAAAAGAACCACAACCUACAGAACCAAAAUCCGACGAAAAGGUCACAAAGUUAGAAACAGUCAAUGAGAAUCCUAAGGAAGAAUAA